UCUUAAAAUUUAUUGCGACUAUUAUUUCUUCAACUGAAAAUGUUGUAUAUAUAUAACAACCUUUUGCUCUGAAGAGACCCAACCACGAUCUUUUUUCAUUGAAGAAAACAAAAACAAAAACACAACCACAAUGAACAUUGAAAUGUUCUCAUACGACCCCACAACUACCACCACCUUAAAUCUUCCAAACCACAACCAAACAACUCUCGAAGGAAUCGCCGCGGUUGUCGGAGAACACGUCCUCUAUGGACCCCACCACACUACCAAAACGACACCAACCAUCUCCGUUUCAAACACAGAAAACAAAACACAAACAACAAACAAAGCCUACAGAGGUGUGAGAAAGAGACCGUGGGGAAGAUGGUCAGCUGAAAUACGUGACCGAAUCGGUCGGUGUCGUCACUGGCUAGGAACAUUCGACACUGCCGAAGAAGCCGCGCGUGCUUACGACGCAGCAGCUAGGCGAUUGAGAGGUUCUAAAGCUCGAACUAAUUUUAAGAUUCCGUCGGUUUUUCCAAUACCGUUAUCACCGACUUCAGCUUCGUCUUCAUCUUCUUCUGAUACUGUUGUUAAGAACAGAAAUAAAUUUAACGGUGGUAGGAAAUGUUGUGUUGUUACUUCUGUGGAACAAUUGUUCAGUGGUGUUCCUGAAGUUCGAAGAGAAAGAGAUAAUAAUGGGAAUGUUGGUUUUGGUGGUACAACUACUACUGGAAUGGUUAUGUAACUUCAACAAGUGUUUGUUUGGUUUUGCAGUGAAUCAACAACAUUACGAUGAUUCAGUGUGAUUUUAUAGAAGCUAAAUAUUAAAGUGAAUUUGUUAUAAUCACGGUGAGUCAUCAAAAUUUUCAAUAAAUAUAUUUUUAGUGAAAAUCACGUGGCUCAUCUUGAUAUUGACAAAUAUAUUAUAGUUUUUAUAAAAUCACGGUGGUGGGUUAUCAUAAUUUUGUAAGUUUUAUCGAAAAAUCAGAGAUAAACAAAUAUAAUUAAAAGUCAAAUUCUAGUAUUAGAUAGGAAGCUCUUCUUUAUUUUGGGGUUUUUUAGUCUUAGGUGGUGUUAUUUAUUAUGGGUGUUAAUUUGUGUAUUAUGAAGUAAUAUCUGAAUUAAUGUUGAUGUCUAUAUAUAUAAAUGUACUUUAAUGAAUGAAAGAAGGGCUUAAUUUCUUUAA